GUUCUGCUUUGUGCAGUGGGGAGCUGCUCUUGAUUUUGUGUUCACACCCAUGUGCCAUAGCGCCUGAGACGCCAUGGAGUAUAUCAGCGCCCUUCAGUCCCCUGUGGAUGAUUUGAAGCCUUCGCUGUUCGAAUUGCUCUCCGAACAACAGCUUGCUGACCUACUGCCACCGACCCUCCGAUACCUCCUUGCCAUUGCCACACAUCGCUAUCCUAGAUAUCUGUUAAGAAUAUUGAACAACUACGACGAAGUAUAUGCAUUAUUGAGCGUGGUGGUGGAGAAGUAUUACCUUCAGACUUUCGGUGGCAGUUUCACAGAGAAUUUCUAUGCCUUGAAACGCGAGAAGGUGCUCAGUGUCCAGGGAGGCGAAAUCAAAAGGACUCAACUUGCAGUUCCCGACGAAGUCCGUCAGAGGCUGAGUCUCGCAGGUGCAGACGUCUGGAAAAACCUGGCGGUGCUGGUGGGCAUCCCAUAUCUCAAGAGAAAGCUCGAUGAGAGUUACGACAUCCAUAUUGCGCCCAGUGCAAGUUUACUUAUGAGUGGCAGCUUAGGAGGACCUCGAUACUUGGACCGUGAUGCUCUUCCACACAAUGCUACGAUCAAACAAAGGUUGAUGUGGUACUAUAAAUGGUUCCUGCGGAAUGUAUACCCAAGUUUAAACGCCGCGUACUAUUUCAGUAUCCUUGCGUUCAGCCUUGGCUAUCUAUUCGACGGCACCAAAUACUCCAGCCCCUUUUUGUGGAUGAUUGGGACACGGAUGCGAAGGAUGGGCCCCGCCGACUAUCGCGCUAUCGAUGCUGCUUCUGCCGCCGCUGAGAAGGCUAUUUCAACGAGUGGUCGUCCUGGUCAGGGCUUGAGUGGCUUAUUGAACCCCCGGACAAUGUAUCCCCGACUCUUGUCCAGUUUGAAGAUCCUGUUGCCCACCAGUAUCUUUGCGUUGAAGUUCUUGGAAUGGUGGCACGCCAGCGACUUUUCCCGACAGUUGACCAGAAAGGCAGCAGAAGGGUUGGAACUCCCACCCCCGAUUGUAUCUGGGAUGGGCCUGGCGAAGACACCCUCGGCAGAGAAGAAGGCUUCAGGAGCAACGAUGCCAUCCGGUGGAUCCCUCCAAAGCCCCGUUUCAAGCACGACUUAUCUCCCGAUAUUUACAGUACCACCUCCCGCCUCAAGCGAUUUAUGUCCCAUUUGCCUUCAUCCGAUCUCCACUGCUGCAGCUUGCCAAACCGGUUAUGUAUUUGAUUACAAGUGCAUUUUUCAGUGGAUUGAAGGCACUCAUGAAAGGCAAGAAGCAUUCAUGAAAGGGGAAAAGAUGAGUGAAUGGGAAGAGGAUGAAAACGAGAACUCGGACGAAAAAGACAACAACGGUGAACAGUCGAAACCUGUGAGCCUCGAAGGCAGUUGGGAAAGCGGCAAGGGUCGUUGUGCGAUCACAGGACGCAGGGUCCUGGGCGGCACAAGCGGGUUGCGUCGAGUGAUGGUCUGAAUUGUGAUGGAAAACACAACACAGACCAGCAUACUUUGAGGCUCUGUCUGCUGCCUCUUCUGCACUAUCCGACAUGGCUUUGACCAUCCUACUCGCUCUAGGUGGAGGGAUUUCGGUGCUGCCGAGCGUGGAUCACAAUGAAUUCUGGUGCUGGGAUUGAUAUCGGACACACGACCACCCACGUUACCAGUCACUCGAAUCUUCUAUACUUGGCCCACUCUGCUAGCAUGCUAGUGCUCGGCGACACUCUCAGGCAUGCAUUUAGCGAAGCAAUCAUGUCAAAAUCCAUGGCAAGCGCAGUUGAUAUACAACGGUUGCAACCGGGCCGCGUCAAUGAGUUUCGACUACAGCUCCUCGUCUUAUUGGCACUGGAGGUCAAAGCCAAAGUUAAGAGGGAUGUCCAAUCUCAUGGCAAGCCUCGCUUGUGUGAGACGACGAAAGAACCCCGGAGCAGAGCCGAAGCGCCACAAUCACCCGUACCCAGGUUUGGUGUACGACCUCCUCGCUUGUUCCUCCUGAAGUCCUGGUGCCACGCAUCGACGGUCACGGAAUUGCCAACAGGGAUGGACGCUGUUCAUGAUAGCCUCCGAGUCAUCUAGAUCAAAAACUGUCCAGGUGGGGUCAAUCCGGGCGAGAUUGGCUCAAGAGGUUUUCGAAUCCUCCAAGUCAGAUUUUCAAGAGGGACAUAGUAGUGAUGGCGGCCGGCCAGGUCAAGGGCAAGCUGAAGACCUACCGGGCCAUCUGACAGCAUCAUACUCAGUGAUAUACUAUGAUACAUAUUAGCUAUAUAGGCGAUGCACAUGUAGACU